AUGCUGGCCACAGGGGUGCACAACGUGAGCCUGGUCUACGCCCUGGUCUGGGCUAUCGAUAGCUUCUACGGCCGGGCCACCAGUACGCCGCUGGCAGUGGUCCAGUUCGCCACGAGUCGGCAGAGUCGAGGGCAUCACAACGACCUUAUCGACGCCACCCUGAGCAAGUCCUCUGCCAGCGGCAUGAUCCAGUUCCUGCUCGAGGACGACCAAGUGGAGGAGACCGAGAACAUGAAAGAGCUGCCGCCUCCGAGCGGCAUUACGGGCAGGCCCCUCGCCAUUUGGUUUGUGGACAGCCUGCGGGCCUACAUCCGGCUGGAGAUGUACCUGAUUCAAGUGGGCAGUCCGUACAAGAGAAACGGCUACUUUGUCCUGGUCUACACAGGCGUGGAGGACGAACCGAUGGAGUCCAUCAAGAUCAUGUUCCGGCGCCUGCUCAACAUGUAUGUUCUGAAUUUAGUUGUCUUUCUCCCGCGAAAUGGAACUGUCCAGUUGUACACCUACUAUCCGUACGGGCCACACCGCUGCCAAUCCUCGCUGCCGGUCUUCUAUACAGCUUUCCAGCACCUGCCGCCGCCCUCCAGCGGCUUCGGCUUGACAAAGCCACUCUUUCCCAGCAAGUUGGCCAACAUGCACGGAUGUGAGAUGGUCGUUGCAACCUUCGAACACCGGCCCUAUGUUAUUCUGGACGAUGACAAAAAUGUUCCAGGUGGCAGGGUCCUUCACGGCAUUGAGGGAAUGAUUUCGCGCGCCCUGGCGGAGCGGAUGAACUUCACCAUUAAACUGGUGGAACGCAAGGACAAAAACCGCGGCGAAAUCCUACCCGAUGGGAAUUAUUCGGGCAUUCUCAAAAUGAUGGUGGAUGGUGAGGUCAACCUUACCUUCGUCUGCUACAUGUACAGCAAGGCUCGAGCGGAUCUGAUGCUGCCCACUGUCUCCUACACCAGCUUCUCCAUUGUUCUUACCAUUCCCAGUGGCGGGUCUAUUACGCCCAUGCAGCGCCUGAUUCGCCCAUUUCGUCACAUCAUAUGGUACUGCAUCCUGGCCAGCUUAGCGUCCGGCAUUCUGGUGAUCGCCAGCCUUUCCGUAAUGACUGUACCGUGCCUGAGGAACCUGGUCUUGGGAAGAAGAAACCAUCUGCCCUGCACUGGGAUGUUGUAUAGCUUGCUGGGUGGAACGGUCAUGCACAACCCGCGGAGGAACUUUGCGCGAUUCCUCCUGAUGCUCUGGCUGUUGCAAACCCUGAUCCUACGGGCCGCCUACACAGGCCAGCUGUACCUACUGCUCCAGGACGUGGAACUGCGAGCGCCGUUGACAAAGCUCUCCCAGGUCCUGGAGAAGGGCUACGUGUUCCACAUGCUGCCGGCCUUAAAAGGAAUUUUCAAGGAUUCGCUCGAAACUACUGAGACUAAAGUGGUGUUUAAUCUGGAAGCGUCAUUGCGUCGGCUCCGGGACGAGGACGAUCCCGGGAUAGCAGUGCCCCUGCUGCAACCCACAGUAUACCAGUUUGACUACCGCUCCGGACCCAACCGCAGGCACCUGACUCUGCUGCCUGUGCCCCUGAUGACCGCUCCCCUGACCAUGUACAUGCGACCGCAUUCCUACUUCAAGCCUCGCAUCGACCGGCUCCUCAUGGCCAUGAUGUCCUCAGGGAUUGUAGCUCGCUAUCGAAGGCUGUACGUCGACCGGAUUGAGCGCCUAGCUAAGCGCAGGAACCUGGAACCAAAGCCCCUGACCCCCUGGCGUCUAGGAGGGAUAUUUUUUAGCUGUGCGGUGCUACAGUUCCUGGCCAGCUUGAUCUUCCUUCUGGAAAUGAUGGCCCGGAGUCGUCCGCGCUUACAUAGGGCUCUUUCUGCAAUUAAUAACUACGUUGCAUAG